AUGAAACAUAAACUCUUACUGUCCAAAAAGUACUUAGAAGUAUUUGAGAAGCAAUUCUAACCAAAAAGAAGAAAAAAAAAAAUCCAAAUAGGCAAAUUAACUUAACCAAACAAAAUUCAUCACCAAAUUUUUAAAACUUACCCUAACAAUAUUCAUCUUCACCUUCUCUUUUCAUCAAUUCUUCCUUCUUGACCACCUUCAAUAUAUAGCAUUAAAUAACUUGUCUAUAUAUAUCUAUCCUGACACCACGAGCAUUACAACCACAACUAUACUUGGAGCCAAAAAAGAAAAAAGAAUGUCUCUAAAGAUAAAUAAAAGUGCUCCAUUUUUUCUUCUUAUAAUCUUAACCUUUGUUUUUCUUUCUCCAUGUAAUGCCAAGUACUGCAAAUUUCCAACAAAAAAUAAUAAGUGCGCCAAAGUGCAAGGAAUGUUUGUGUUUGGAAGUUCAUUAGUUGAUAAUGGGAACAACAACUUUCUUGUAAACUCAUUGGCUAAGGCAAAUUACUUACCAUAUGGAGUAGAUUUCCCUUUAUUAGGACCUUCUGGGAGAUUUACUAAUGGCAAGAAUGUAAUUGACCUUCUUUGUGACUAUCUAAAAAUACCAGUUUAUGUUCCAACUUUCAAUGAUCCUUCAACUAAUGGAAGCAAAGUUAUUCAUGGUGUCAACUUUGCUUCUGGUGGUUCUGGCAUUCUUGAUGACACUGGUGUUGUAGCGGGGGAAGUGAUAAGUUUGAAUGAACAAAUAAGAAAUUUUGAGAAUGUGACAUUGCCAGAGUUGGAGGAGCAACUAGGUUGCAAAAGUAAAGAUUCAUUGAAGAAUUAUUUGUUUGUGGUGGGAAGUGGAGGAAAUGAUUACUCAUUCAACUACUUCCUCGGCUUAGCCAACAAAAAUAUUACUAUUCAAGAUUUCACUGCCAAUUUGACCAUAAAACUUUCUCACCAACUCAAGAGGUUGUAUGAUAUGGGAGCUAGGAAAUUUGUGGUGAUGGCAUUAUAUCCCAAUGGGUGCAGCCCAAUGGCCACAUCUAGAAAUCCAAAUAUCACUGGCUGCAUACAAACUUUGAAUAAUGCUGCACUUCUCUUCAACACUAACUUGAAAAGUUUGGUUGAUUCCCUAAGGCUUCAAAUGCAUGGUUCCACACUAGUCUUUGUCAAUGCUUACAAAAUUAUUAUGGAUAUCUUAGAAAAUCCUAUUCCCAAAGGUUUUAGUGAUACCAAGAACCCAUGUUGUGAAGUGGCAACAAUAGCAGAAGGAGGAACAGGAACUUUAUGCAAAAAGGGAGGAAAUAUUUGUUCAAAGAGAAAUGACUAUGUCUUUUUUGAUGGAUUGCAUCCAACUGAAGCAGUGAACAUUGUGCUGGCUAACAAGGCUUUUUCUUCCCAUCUCAAAGCUGAAGUCUACCCUAUAAAUGUUAAACACCUGUCAAAAGUUUAAUACACUAGUUUUGCAUGUGUAUCUCGAGUCAUGAAAUACACGAAUUUAUAAAAAAUAUCAAUUAUUUUAAUAAAUACUAUGAAUAAACAAUUAUACCUGAGAAAAUAAAGUAUAAGUUUUAUAUGAAUGAUAUAGCUUCCAUCCGGACCACUUUACCUGUUGUUUUUAAUAAAAAUAGAUGGUACAAAAUAAUUGUUAUUUUAAUAAACCUACGAUAUGAUUGAGUAGAUUCCUUUCCUUAGUAAUAUUUUCUCCGUUUCAUAUUAUUUGUCCCCCAUACUAAAAUAA